AUGCUAACAUUGAAACGAACGAAUUCGUUGCGGAAUGCUGCAAUAGCCUCCCGCAUUUCCACAAGGUCUGUUUUUCAGAGGAAAAUAGUUUUUAUGGGGAUAAUCCUUAUAUAAUUUUAGUCUUUUCGAGUUUUUUUGUGAUCAAAAAGUUAUCUUCCUGCUUUUCAUCUCAAAAACAAUAAAUUUAGUUUGAUUUUUCCUACCAAUGUUUUUUUGAAGGCGCGAAAUUUUUCGGCAAAAAAAUAACCCGGAGCACGGUUUCUUGAUACUUUGGAAUUUUUCUUCAUAUAUCUUCAAAAACUCAAGCAACAGUUUUCAAAUAAUGGUUAUCGAAUUUCGAUAACUUUGUUGCCAAUUCAAAGCUCACUUUUUAUAUUCUAAAAAUAUACGAAGGGUAAAUAAGGUCAAGUUUUUGCCGUGUUUGUUUAGUCGAUUGGAUUUUAUUUUCAUUCAGAUAUGGGAGCACAAUGAACGUUUUUGCUUGUGUUUUGGGCUCUGGCGUCGCCGGCAGCUCGGUGGCCUACCAUCUGAACAAGAGAAACAUAAAAGACGUGCUUCUCCUUGAGCGCGCUUCAUGUGAGUUAGGGCUUUAGUUGGAGAUGGAGCACCUGUACAGCUUCUAAAAGAGCCAAAGGUCACAGAAACCGGGGGAAUAAAAAGAAAGGUUGCAGCGGCUGCGUCGCCGCGGAGCACCUCUUUCCACUCGCCAGGCCUCGUCUCGGCCAGCCAUCCCGCCCAUCGUUACAAGCCCAUUCUUGCCUACUCCAUUGAGCUCUACUCGAGACUCGAGAAGGAGACUGGAGUCGUUCGUUUUUCAUUUUUCCUCUUAGAAAGUACUGAUGUAAUCUUGGUCAUUACGGAGGAUGAGAGGUGGGCAAUUUAUCACCUGUUUUCCAGUCACCCAAAAAAAUAUUGAGCAGAAAUUUUUUUUGAUGGUAUUGACUUUGAAAAAUUAGGAAAUAUGUAACAUGGAGAACAAUAAUUACAUAUUUUAUUGACUUUUUAGACGAACGGAUCAAAAAAAUAUUAUCUAGAUAUUUUUCACCAAAAUGAAGACUACUUUGUGGAUUAACUAACCUCACCUGUGAAGAAAAAGAAUUUUUUUAUACGAAAAUUUAGAGCGGAAAAAGUUAUGGACUGCCUUUUUUUGAUUCUUAUCACUCAAAUUUCUGACUAGAGAAAGUUGACUAUAUUUUGCGAUCAGAAAUUAUAUAAACCUAUUUUUUUCAACAGUCGCAGUCCCACAAGAACCUGAAUUUGUUAGACCAAUGUUUCUUUAUUUGAAUUAUUUGUCUUCUCUCAGAAAAAUCGACUUCCAACCGACUGGUACAAUCCGACUAGCGACCCACGAAACAAGACUUUCAGAGUUCAAGCGAUAUGUUUCUCGCGACUAUUACAAAGUAGACCUUCCGCCUUUUGUCUUCCACUAAUUUCAUUUCCAGGAGGGAGACGUCUCUAAAACGACUUUGCUGACUCCGGAUCAAGUCCACGAGUUGGCCCCUGAUAUCGAUUGCUCUCAAGUAACUCCAAGUUUUCUUCUCAUAUCAUCAUUAUUCUAGUUUAUCGAAAGCUGAGCAUCAGUUGAAAAAGGGAGUUUGAGAUAUGGCGAUUCGAUUUGAUAUUUAAACCUUGAAAGUUUUGUACAGUUUUGAGCGGACUGUUCGACACGCAGUGAAAAGCUCUACAACAUAGCCUUUUUUACUAUCAAAAUACAAAAGUCAAACCUGAACUAAUGAUCCGUAUGUUUCGAAGCAAUAAUCUGUCCCUUUCGUUUCAGAUUCUCGGAGCACUCUACACGACCAACGAUGGCACAGUUUCUUCGAGAGGACUCACUCAAGCCCUCGUUGCUGGGGCCAAGUCUGGCGGCGUCCAAGUCAUCGAUGGCGCCAUCCCGAGACAGAUCCGCUAUGACAAGGAGAAGGGUCAUUGGAUCGUCGAGUUGGAGGACGGCACAACCGUCCUCACGCGCAACUUGAUCAACGCCGGCGGAAUCUGGGCCAACGACAUCGCCCGCCUUUCCGGCCACGAUUUGCCUGUCGUCAUUGUCGAGCACCAAUACGCCGUUCUCAAAGUUGUCCUCUUCUUUUCGGUAUAUUUACGGGAUUCUGUUCAGCCAAAGUCUCCGCCAGCCCCUAUGCCUGCCCUCAUCGACCACGACAGUACAUUCUACAUCCGCAAGAGGCAGUCGUGUGAUGAGUAUCUUUUCGGCGGGUUCGAACCGCUCGAUCGCGUCGUUAUCCGCGAAGAUUGGUCUAAGAAAGGAGUCCCCAAUGGUUGGAUUAAGACUGUCUUUUUUGUUUAUUCUCUUCAUCUGAAGAAGGAUCAAGCCUCGUGAAGCCCGACUUUUCACGUCUUGAGCAGGCUCACCAAAGAGCGUGCGAGCUGCUGCCGAGGUUGAAAGAUGCGGAAAUCGAAGCGCAUGCUGCAGUUUUCAACAUGACACCUGACGGUUAUCCGUUGGUGGGUUGGCCUUCGUAAGACUUUUUUGAAAAAAAAAAGGUUUCUAUCUGAACCUUCAAAAUAACUGAAACUCUAUCAAAUUUGAUAAACAGAUUGUUUCUAUGGUAUUAUCGGCUUUGUAGGCUCCUUCUUGAGUUAAAAUAAAACUGUGGGAAACUCCUUGUCGUUGUGAUGAAUCAUACCUCAGGUUGGACCGUAUGACAAGAAUUACUGGCUCACGACAGGAUUCUUGGACGGAGUGAGCAGUGGCGGAGGAAUCGGAAAGUAUCUCGCCGAUUGGAUAGUAGAUGGAGAACCUCCGGCUGAACUGUUCGAUACCGACGCCAGUCGCUUUGAAAGAUGGGCGGAUCGCAAGUUCGAAUAGGCCGCUCUCUUUGAAUCAUCGUUAGAUUGAAGAUUUGUACGCGAACGUUGCCGUGAAACCUACUCGAUGUACUACAAUUGGUCCUACACAGAUCGUUUGGCAGCGCGACCCACCGACAGAAUCAGCGGCAUCUACGGAAGGCUGAAGAAGGAAGGGGCCACUUUCGCCUUCAGAAACGGCUGGGAGGUUCCUCGUCUUCAUGUAUUUGAAAAACGAGUUAUUUCAAGGUCCCACAAGCCUUCAAAGUCGACGAAGAGGAAGGACUCCUUUCGACGCUCAUGAGGUGAACUACUCUAUAUGAGUCUCGCUCACAUACUCAAUGAUUCUAGAGAGUACCAGAAGGUGACCAACAAGUGCGGAGUCGUCGACAUGUCGUGGAGAGGCAAGAUCGAAGUGAAAGGACGGGACGCGGAGGCGCUCAUGGACUAUGUCAUCGCAAGUCGAGUGAGCUUGAAAAAAUCGAAAAAGAAAGAAGAUUUGCGAUAUUAGAUUCCCCCGCUGGGCAAAAUCGGUUCUGGUGUGAUGUUGACGCGUAAGGGAAAUGUCCUCGCCCCGUUCAUGAUUUUCCAUCACGAUCGUCAGCGAUCUGCGUUCAUCGUCUUGACCGAGCCCGAACGCGAGAGCCGCGACUUGUACUGGUCAGAUUGAUUUUUCUUCAUCGCUUAGUUUUAAAAAAAGAGAUAUACUUACCAAAAGUGGGAAUUACCUUGAUUUUCGGGUUUAAUCCGUGCGAGGAAACGUUUGUGAAAACACUGUAAUUGUUAAAUUUUCUUAUCAAAUUUAUAUUUUAUUAUUUGACGAUCUUUUGCACACAUAUAGAUUUUUAACCAUACGUACAACAUCAAGCUUCUAGAAAUAGAGUUUUCCGAGUUGAAUCAAAGUUCUGAGCUAUAGGCUUCGACGAGCUGCGGCAGAACGACAUCUGAACGUGCAGGUCUCGUGCGUUUCGGAGUACCUUGCCUCUUUGGCGCUGGUCGGACCCAACAGCCGAGAAGUUGCUCUUUCUGUCCGAUCCAGAACAAAAACAUUAUUCAGGUUCUUUCAUCACUGACCAAGUCUGACGUGUCAGAUGAGGGAUUCCCGCAAAGGUCAACGCGGAUGAUCCGUCUAGGCCCCGUAGGAGUGGUUUGCGCUCGAUCGUCUACCGCCACGGGACAGCUCAGCUACGAGUUCUUCCACAAUCGCGCCGAGACCUCCAAACUGUACGAGGUGAAGAACUUUCAGUUCAUAUCCAAACAUUCAUGUCGACGACUAGAAAACUUUUUUCGUUUUGGUAUCGUCCAGUUUAGUGAGCCGAAAUUCUCUAGUGGGAAUUAAAAUGUCUCCCUCUUAUAAGCAGAACCUGAUUUGGCCUAAGGUUCUACAGGAGAGCUAUGAAAAGUGCAUAGAAAAGAUGGUCAUAUAAUACCUACGAUUGCAGGCGAUCAUCUCUGCCGGACGUCCCCAUGGAAUCGUCAACUUCGGACAGGCCACCUUCAACAUGAUGCGGCUCGAGCACGGCUACAAAAUCUGGGGCCGCGAGCUCACCCUCGACACCAACCCGUACGAAUGCGGACUUGGAGGUCUCAAAGAAGAUCUUUCCAAAGUAUCCACCUUUUUGCAGGACUUGUUGAUCUGAGCAAGGUUGACUUCAUCGGCCGCGCCUCGGCUGAGGAGUUCAGCAAGCAAACACAAUUCAAGUGAUUUUCUCAAAGCGAUCGUUCUCCAACCCUACGUUCUGAAUUCCAGAAAGAGAUUGGCGUUGGUGACUUUCGAUUUGACGGAGUCGCAAGUGCCUCUGGAUACUCGUUAUAUUCCUGUCGGCAAUGAAGUCAUCCGACGGGAAGGCCAGGAAGAGGUGCUAUCAUCGGAUCCAUAACUGAGAACGUCAUCGCAUUGCAGAGAAUCGGACAAAUCACGUCUGGAGCGUACAGCGUCCGACUGCAGAAGCCGAUAGCUUUCGCUUGGAUCGACAGCUCUGUCGGGGCAAAUGAUCGUGUGAGUUAUCUUUCGAGACUGCACUAGACUAUAAUUUAAAAUUGAAAAGAACUCAAAACUUAAUUGGAAACGUUUCAAAUUACUAGAACUUCAUAAUGAAAUGUUUCAGCUUGUCGUUGAGAUGGGUGACAAAAAACUGUUGGGAACGAUUUUGGAGAGUUUGCCACAUGCCCCUAUUCAAUAG